AAGAGCAGUAAGCCUUUUCUGUCGGGAUCAGAAAACCUUGAUGUUCCCAAAGGUGCUACGCGAAUCGGGACAAAUUGAGCCAUAGACUACUGAUGCUGGGGAUCGCGCAUGUUAUUACGAAAAAGGGACUAUUGCAUGCAGUCGGAAAGAUCCGGACGACGAAGAGUUAAGAUCCAACACCAGACUGUUUAUUACUAUGGCUAGGUGGCUAGCUAGUUUCUAGACGAUAUCGUAAUGGAAAGACCACGCGAGUGUUCUUAAUAAGGAUGCAUCAUGUGCGUGGAAUUUACAUCUCAUCGCAUUGAUCUCCCAUUGGCAGCAACAAAGUAACUAUUCCUCGCCUGGUUGACAGCUGCAACUUCGAAGAAUGAUACAAACUAAACGCUAAGAGGAACACUUCUUAAAGACACAGGGGGGAGAAAGUCUUACAGGCUGACAGCAUGCCCAGCAGGGCCGCCCAGUCCCUAUCGCGGGGGGACCUCGCCGCACCUCUCCUCCGGCUGCACCUCUAAGACGACCAUGAAUGGGCGGCGGGAAGCGACGACGACAACGGUGCGCCUCUAAGGCACCCCCUCACGCCGUCCCCGCGCUCUCUCUCUCUCCCCUCUCUGCCCCCUCCAUCCCAUCGGCACCCCCUCCUCCACCCACCACCGCUCCCUGACCCCUCCGUGACCUCCUCCGCCCCGACCAUGCUGCGCUUCCUCCCCCUCAAGCUGGGCCGCGUGUACCGCUGUGCGAAGCUGCUGCUGGUGGUGGGCCUGUGCGUGGUGGUGCUGAUGAACACCCAGAGCCUGUUCGCCUCCUUCCAGAAGAACGAGCUGACGGACCGGCGCUUCGUCAACCUCAACAAGUGCCCGGCCUGCUUCGGCACCAGCUGGUGCCGCAAGUUCAUGAACGGGCAGGUGUCCUUCGAGGCGUGGGGCCGCCUCCGCUUCCUGGACGUCUUCAACGUCAAGAACGUGUUCUUCGCGCAGUACGGCGAGCCGCGCGAGGGCACGCGCCGCGUGGUGCUCAAGCGCCUGGGCUCCAGCCAGGAGCUGGCCGACAUCGACCAGAAGAUCUGCAAGCGGGCCACGGGCCGCCCGCGCUGCGACCUCGUCCAGGCCAUGUACAAGACGGAGUUCGCGCGGCUCAACGGCGACGUGCGCCUCCUCACGCCGGACGUGGUCGAGGGCUGGUCCGACCUGGUCCACUGCCCGUCGCAGCGGCUGCUGGACCGCGUGGUCCGGCGCUACGCCGAGACCAAGGACUCCGGGAGCUUCCUGCUGAAGAACCUGAAGGACACGGAGAGGAUGCAGCUGCUGAUGACGCUGGCGUUCAACCCCGAGCCUCUGGUGCUGCAGAGCUUCCCGUCGGACGAGGGCUGGCCGUUCGCCAAGUACCUGGGCGCGUGCGGGCGCAUGGUGGCGGUGAACUACGUGGGCGAGGAGCUGUGGAGCUUCUACCACGCCCCGUGGGCGACGCGCGUGGACCUGGCGCGGCAGCUCAUGGACAUCGCCGAGCAGCUCACCAACAACGACUUUGACUUCGCCCUCUACCUGCUGGACGUCAGCUUCGACAACUUCGCCGUGGGCCCGCGCGACGGCAAGGUGAUCGUGGUGGACGCCGAGAACGUCCUGGUGGCCGACAAGAGGCUCAUCAGACAGAAUAAACCAGAGAACUAUGACGUGAUGUACGAGAGCAGGUUUGAGGAGUGCGACAAGGAGGCCUGCCUCUCCUUCUCCAAGGACGCGCUUUGCACGCGCGUCACCGCCGACCACAACUACUACGCCAUCUGCCAGAACCUGUUGUCGCGCUACGCCACGUGGCGCGGCAGCACGGGGGGACUCCUGCACGACCCCCCGCCUCAGGUGACCGGACAGCUGGAGACGCUCUUGGACGAGUGUGCGAACCCCAAAAAGCGCUACGGCCGCUUUCAGGCAGCCAAGGAGCUGCGCGAGUACCUCACUCAGCUCGCCGGUCCAAAUAGGUAAUAAAAGGCCUUUAGCGUUAGCGAGCUAGGCUAAGCUAAGCCCUUAUGUUGGUUUAUGGGCUGCGCCCAGAUACCGUCCUUUCACGAGCUGACCUUCAUGACCUCCUGUUUGACAUCAUUUCCUCUUUCUUCGCAUGGCAGCAUCAUUUUGUUGUAAUUUUUUUUUUUGUAAGUACUCAUGAAUUCCUUUUUUUAACUCCAUUUUUUUGGUGUUACCGGAAUCAUCUGAUGCAAAAAAAAAAAAACACACACACAUAACUCUGUUAAGAUGAACGGAAAGCAGGGAAAGGUACAACCCUGUUUACAUCCAGCACACCCAUCCCGGAUCUUACAAUCACAUUCCCUCCAGAGAAGGUGCCGUCAAUGGACAGGUGGGGCGCCAGGUGUCGGGUCCCGUGUGGUGGCGUGACCUGGUUUUCGCCUGGUCCUUCGAGGCGGAUUCCUCUGCAUCGCAGCUUACUGUUACCAGCCCUCAGACUCUUACUUGACAGACCCCAGCUGAGUUUGAAUCCGUGUCCGAUUUUCACUCUUCGCAGGGCGUUGAGCCUGGUUCAGACUCACGUUACGCGCAAGACGAGAUGCGUUGCUGUUUUUUUCCCAAGCAACAACGUCUGGGCCUCCCCCAUCUGAACUCCCUCAGUGAGGCACCUCCGUCAGCUCCUCACAGCAGGGAGCGCUACGAGAAGGGGAGUCGGGGAGCGAGUGUGUGUUUGUCAGUGAGAAUCUGCCUCUUACAUCUGAAAAAAGUCUUAGUUUCUUUCACCUGUCAUGGAGAAUCACUUGAUAUUUUCUGUUAGUUAGUUUGUUUAUUCAGCUCCCUUGUAAUUUGGCAAUCAGCAUUGAUUUUUUUUUAAUUAUUAUUUGGUUGUGUUCCUGUCUUUGUGGGGAAAGGCUGAGAUGGUUUUUGAGAUACUUGUACAUAGGAAAAAAUAAGAGAUGAAAAAGGGACUUGUGGCGUCCACAUGUUGCAAAUGUUUUGCAUAUACCAAAGAGUCGGGAUAUAUGUACCACUCAGUCGUGACCUUAGAAGCAGUGCUGCCCCCCCCCCCCCUUCUUGUGCCACCCCAGUCAAAACAGCUUCACUCUGCAGCACUAUGUAUAUGGAACCUCAUUUUGGAGGCUUGUAAAUUAUUUUUUUAAUUUUUAAAUUGGGCUCGAUCCAACAUGACUCCAAACCAUCCAGUGCUAUCAAGUCACAGAGGUAAUAAAAUCCAUUAAUUGCCUGCUAAUGAUAAUUAAUGUCCCUUCUCUCCACUCACGCAUUUCAACUAACAUUAAGUGACACUGAAAAGGGAAUGUGUUUUUGUGUAAAAAAGGCGAGAGUUCCAGAAUGGGGUUCUUCAACCCUUGAAUAUCUGAGCUACGUUUUAAUUUCACAGCUCCCAAAUUGAAUUAAUCAAACAUUCAUCAAAUGGCCCCCCACACACUCGAGUUCCAUUUGAAGUUUGAGCCACCGAGCUUUCAAGCUGCCAGACCUGAAUUUCUUAAUGAUUUAGCACAUUAGGUUGGAUUUUGCACUUGGUGAACCAAUGAAUUAAUUCAAAUUUGUGCGAGUGUGUGUGUCUGCGUGCGUGCGUGUGUGUGUGGGAGUGUGUGCGUGCGAGUGUGCAUUUUGAUAGCGAGCUAAAAAGGGUUUCACACCCUCAGAGCAUCGGCACCGUUCAUGACCUGCUUGUGUUCGGUGGAAGGUGUUGACAGUGGAGCAUUAGAAAAGCCUCUAGAUAGCCAGAUAAUCAUUUGCACCUAAACACGUGAACGCUUCAAAAUGAAAUUAGAUUCUCCAACACCAAUGGGCAAACUUGGUUUUUAUUGCUUUUUCUCCCUCUUUUUACCGAUUGCAGGGAGAGCUCAGAUCUUCUUUGUUUGGAAAAGCAAUAAGUGUAAGUUUGGUCAUUAUUUCUUUUUUUUUACGCCCCAACCCAAGGAUAUAUUUUUCUUUGAGUUUUUUUUUUAUUAUUAUUUGACUGAUGUCAAAGUUCCCUAAGAGGAAGGAGACAGGGGCCUCCUCUGGAGAGGUGAGCUGGAGGUGGGGGUUGUACGUGCGUGAACAACUGUCUGCUUUUGUACUGUACAUUUUUUUUUGUUUUUGUUUUUCAUUUGAGUAUUAUAUCAGCAGUGUCUGAUUUUACUGUGCCUUUCAUUCAAAAGUUGUCUAUACAACUUUUUAGUGGGUUUAAAUAUUAAAAUAAAUGACUAUAUAUAUACA